AUGGAGAGCUGGCACUGUUUGCUGCUGCUGUGCACACUAAGUUUAGCUUUGGCCUCUGGAGAUGUGACGAAAAAUGAUGAUGGCAUCGACCUUGUCAGCUUUCUGAGAAGAAUCUACUCCGGGCUGCUGUUGAGAGAUGAGCCGUUCAUCAUCAACCGAGACUUUGAGAUAAACUCCCUCAAGGAGCUGAGAAACCCAGAGGUCCUCUCAAUCACAGAGGAAACCAAGGACAAACCAGUCAAUCAGGAUACAAAUGGGGCUCCUGGACCUUUGGUGUUAACCAAAGAUGGCCAGAUCAAGGGGAUUACAGUGGAUAAAGCCCAUAUAUUCUAUGGGAUACCAUAUGCAGACCCCCCUGUUGGAGCCUAUCGCUGGAAGGCCCCCAGACCUGUGAGUCCUUGGCCGGGUGUUUAUGAUGCCACCUACCCCAGAGCAGCAUGUAUGCAGGCCUGCAGUGGACCCAUCAUUGAAGAGUGUCCUCGAAUAGUCAGCGAGGACUGUCUGUACCUCAACAUCUUCGUCCCUCUGGAUAUAAACUUCAGCUCGCCUCUGCGGACUCCACUGCCUGUCAUGGUAUGGAUCCAUGGCGGAGAUUUCAUUGCUGGCACUGCCUCUAAGCCGCUGUAUGAUGGACGUUUCUUCAGUAACUUCACCCACACUGUUGUUGUAAGCCUGGAAUACCGACUGGGUGCAUUUGGUUUCCUCGUGUCGGGCAAAGACCCUCACACUUCAGCUUCAGGGAAUUAUGGGAUCUUGGACCAGCAGGCGGCUCUCCUUUGGAUCCAACAGAACAUUGCUGUCUUUGGAGGUGAUCCUAGCAAGGUGACAGUAUUUGGAGAGAGUGCCGGUGCUCAGUCAGUGAGUCUUCACCUGAUGAUUCAGAGUAGCCAGCCUCUGUUUAAACAAGCCGUCCUGCAGAGUCUGCCCUUCUCCAUCCCUCUGAAGACCAGACAUGAUGCUCUGAGGCUGGGGAAAAACUUUGCUAAACAGACCAACUGUUCUGUCAGUGACAUCGUCUGCCUGCUGUCUCUCACUCCGCAGGCUGUCCUGGCUGCCCAGAUGAAAACAAGUUCCAAGAUUGUGAACCCGUUCAGGUUCCUGGAGGUUUUUGAGACGUGGGGCCCCUAUAUCGAUGGGGAGUUAAUAAAAGAGCAGGCUGUCACUGCAUUCCAGAAGGGCCACUGGCAGAAAGAGAAGCCAGUGCUGCUGGGUACAACCUCAGAAGAGGGGGUGAUCUUUGUGUAUGGUGUCUUCAGCAAGCCUGUCUCUGCACUGGAGUCCACUGUGUACAUAACAGCCAUCUUUAAACAACAUGCACUGCGGAUCCUACACAAGUACCUGCCCCUGUACAGGGAUGCCGACCGCAGGGAUAUGCUAGCUCAGAUCGUCACAGACUACGUCUUCCUCUGUCCAGCCAGGAGGUCGGCACGUGCCGCCAAAGCGGCGGGCAGCAAGGUGUGGAUGUAUGUGUUCGACCACGUGGCUUCAGACCACCACGUCUGGUCAGGUCUGACUUUCUGCUACCAGCACGCCUGCCACGGUGCCGAGCUGCCCUUCCUCUUCAACUCUGCCCCGGUGGCCAACUUCACUAUGACCCUACCGGAGAGGCUGCUGUCCAAUCGGAUGCUGUGCUACUGGGGCGCGCUCUCCCACACCGGCGAUCCUUCCUCGCGGGUCCAACAGACGACUUUCUGCCGGGAGCAGCGUCUACCCGUUUGGCCGCGGUACUCUGACACCAGUGGCUGGUUGGUCAUGAACCUGACGGUGCGUUCACAUGCACAAGUGGAAACCAGGAACCAUAUAUGUGACUUCUGGGACCAGCUUGGCAUCUACUAG